GCCCCGGGGAACCUACCUGAAGGCAGCGCCUCCUCCGCCCGACCGCGCCGGCUGUCACCGUGGCGGCGUCCGGGCUCUAGACGCCAGUGACGCCUCAUAAAAACAACAACCUGCUCGCGGGCGUCCGCAACGGGGAAGCGGCGGCUGGCGCGGCGCCGCGAGGCAUGCCGAGACUUGUAGUUCCCCCUGAGCCUCCCGCCGGCCAGCGGCGGGGAGAAAGAACUACGACUCCCAAAGACCCGUGCGGCCCGCCUCCUUGAGGCUGCCGGAAGCUGGGCGGGGCAACCGCGGAUCCCCACAACAUCCGGGCUCCCACGCCUGCAGCCGGUUGCCAUGGAGACCGGCUGCCACACUAGAAGACUGAAGAUUUCCACCCAUUCUCUCGCUCCCCAGAUCUGGCAGUUUACGCGACACGAAUCGUUCUGGCUUCGCCCUGGCUGCGGCUUUCCGUCGGUUCGGUGAGAAGACCGGACCCUGCGCCCUCGCCAGACUUCUCGCCAUCAGGAAAGAACUGCUUUUGCAGAAGAAGAGAUUUAGAAGAUGGAGUGUCAGACCGACUGCGGCUUGGAUAAGAAAAGUACUUUGACUUCAGAUGAAGAAAUGAAAUGUGAACCACCGACUCCAUGUGUGAACCCUGGUAACCCUGUGUUUUCCUGUAUGUUGGAUCCUAAGACACUCCACACAACCACCUCGCUGUCCAAACCACAGAUGAUCAUGUACAAAACCAAUUCCAGCCAGUAUGGUGCCUUCUCACCCAGGCCCCAUUUCUUUCCCUGCAAGUACACUCCAAAGGAGCAAGUGUUCUCCAGUCACAUCAGAGCAACCGGGUUUUAUCAAAACAACAGCCUAAAUACUGCCCCUGACAGAACCAGAACCAUCGAUUUUCCUAAUUUCCAACACACUCUAUGAGAGCACACCCUCCUGACACCUGAAGAUAAAUUGUCCUCAAGAAUGCUAGUUUUUAAGUCUAGAAUACCUCAUUUUUGAACAUGAAAAGAUGUUAAUAUCUUUUAACAAAAAGAUAUUAAUACAUGUUCUAAAAAUAC